UCCUCGCGUGCAGCGAGAUGGCUGAAAAGCAGCAGCAGCAGCGAGGCGAUUGUGGCUGUCCUUGCAGGAAGGGCCUGGAGAAAGCCGAGGUAAAGAGCAGAGCCGAGCAGCUCCAGCCUCUCUCUCUUUCCCUCUCCCCUCACGCAGAAGACAGGGGCCUCCUGGUGGGAGGGGAGGGACCAGGUUCAGUCGCCGAGGGUCCCCGGUGUAGCAGGGAAGAUCGCCCGCCGGAGCAAGGCUAAGCUGCUCACUUUCCUAGGGGAACUUCUCUUUGUAAAACGAGAAGACACUGUUUUGGAGAAAACCUAAAAUUCAGCAGAUGAAAAGUUUUCAUUUACAGGCUGGGAAGCAUGAUGCAAAGAUUGCUGUUAUUAUUAAUAAUACUGUGCAUAUCGACAGAAGCCAUAUCAGCAAGGAAAGGAGAAAAUGGAGAGGGAGGCUUCAUCACGUCUGUUGAAAGAGUCAGGGGCAGAAAUCAGGAGUAGCUGAUAACCAGCAAAUGCAAGGAACUGUAGGAUGCAACUGUGCCUUCAGUUUUUACCAGUGAUGGGAAUCAGACUGGGUUUUUUAAAUGUAUGCCAGCACUGAUAAAGCACCACCAAUACCCCUUUCACCUAGAGCAGCACUGAUAAAGCACCACCAAUACCCCUUUCACCUAGAGCAGCAGUCUCCUACUUUUUCAGACUUAGACACAGCUUUCAUCCAAACAUGUAUUUGAAGACCUCCCCCAUCCUCUCACAUUUCCUAUAUAUUUGUAUAGUAGUAAUGCUGCUGUUGGACCUGCACCCACCUUUGAUCAGGCUGUGACUUGGUAGUGGGUCCCAGCCACCAGAUGAAGACCAAUAACCCAGAACAGACAUAGGCAAACUCGGCCCGCCAGAUGUUUUGGGACUACAACUCCCAUAAUCUCUGACCACUGGUCCUGUUAGCUAGGGAUGAUGGGAGUUGUAGUCCCAAAACAUCUAGCGGGCCGAGUUUGCCUAUGCCUGACCCAGAGGAAUAGAGCAUGAAAACAAUAAUUCCUUAGUUCUGCAUCCUGGAUUCUGUGCAAAAUGAGAAUACUGGCACAGGCAGGACAGGGAGCUUCUUCCCAAUCUUGAGUCCCUACGGGGUAAAUAAAAGUGACAUUGCCACCUUCUGGAGUCAACUCUUAUCCAGGAUCUAAUUUCUUCUUGGCUAUGAAGCUUACUAUGUGGCCUGUAGCAAGUCACUAAUCUUGCUCUGUUGGGGAGUACUUCUUAAAACACUGCUUAAUUAUUGAAGUUAUUUUAAGAUCUUGUUUUCCAUAUGCGCCUGUAUAACGCAUUUUAAAAUUGGGUGGAGAUUACUUGGCAAAUGUGCCCACAUCAAAGAUUAACACAAUACCUAUAUUAAUAUCUAUUUUUGAAGUGCCUACUAAUCAGCAUACAGUUGCUGUUUACAUUGCUUCUUAUUCUGGGGCGGAGUGGCUUUUGGAUUACAACAUUUGGGUAGCCACUGGAAACUAGGCUUAAAUUCAGUUAACUUAAUAAGUAUAUUUACACACACGUAUCUAGCUGUAUUACAAAUUGUAAGUGUACAGCUUUAUGAGCUUUAAUGCUUUUGUCAAUACUUACUAAUUUUCUUGUUCAUUUUUAAUUUGAAUAGCGUUCUGAGUACUAUUUGAGAGAGUUGAGCUGAGAGUUGAGACCCUACCUGCCCACAGACUGUCUCGCCAGAGUGCUGCAUGCUCUAGUUAUCUCUCGCUUGGAUUACUGCAAUGCGCUCUAUGUGGGGCUACCUUUGAAGGUGACCUGGAAACUACAACUAAUCCAGAAUGUGGCAGCUAGACUAGUGACUGGGAGCGGCCGCUGAGACCACACCGGUCUUGAAAGACCUACACUGGCCCCCAGUACGUUUCUGAGCACAAUUCAAAGUGUUGGUGCUGACCUUUAAAGCCCUAAAUGGCCUCGGUCCAGUAUACCUGAAGGAGCGUUUCCACCUCCAUCGUUCUGCCCGGACACUGAGGUCCAGUGCCGAGGGCCUUCUGGCAGUUCCCUCGCUACGAGAAGCCACGUUACAGAGAGCCAGGCAGAGGGUCUUCUCAGUAGUGGCACCCACCCUGUGGAACACCCUCCCAUCAGAUGUCAAAUAGAAAAAUAACUACCAAACUUUUAGAAGACAUCUGAAGGCAGCCCUGUACCCACCCAAAUGGCUGCAGAUGGAGCUUUUGGAGCUCUUCACAAUCUCUUUUAAUGGUCCUGAACAGUUUAGUCUCAUCAGCAAACCUGGCAAUCUCACUGCUCACUCCUAAUUCUAAAAUGUUUAUGAACAAGUUAAGAAGCACAGGUCCCAAUAUCAAUCCUUGGGAGACUCCACUAUAUCUCAACAUUUAUUCCUAUUCUCUGAGUCCUGCUACCUUAUGGGUAGCCCCCAAGCUGAUAGCAUUAGUGCCCACCCCAACUUUUAUACUUAGACCUCAAAGGCCAGAAAGUCUCAUUCGUUCUUCUGUUUAAGGCUGCCUGCUGCCCAUUUUGCAAAUAUUGACAGGAAGUGGGUAGCCUACUUACUGCUCCACUUCCUUUGGUCUCCAGUUCCAAAUCAGCAGUGGGCUAUCCAGGCUGUUACUGUCUAUACCCUAUCCUCAGAAGAGAGAAUAGAUGGUUAAAGAGCAAGCCAGCGAGUAUCCAGGCAAGCAGGGGAGCAGUGGCAGUGGGGAGACACUGUGGUUUCAGCAGAGGGGAAACAUAACUGUAGGGUGCCAGGAAUCACCAGGACCCUUCAAACAUGAUAAUUCCACUGUCAAUUCCCCUGGGAAACUAGCUGUUUAAUUAAUCUAGUUUUAAAGGAUUACUGCAAAUCAUGUUGUGGGGGAGAGUUGUCUGACACUACUUCUUACAUAUGUAUCAUUUUGUGCACUUAAAUUACUAAGGUUAUCAGCACAGCUGCCUCAUCUAUUGUUGCUUCCUCAGUUUAUUAAUGCUUCUAAUUCUUGUAAUAAAGGAACUGAAAUGAGAAGAGCUCAAAUUCUAUUUUGGAAUUUUGAAGAUUGCCGAAGCUCUGACUAUAUUAGUUUAUAAGUUCUUCUCUAUAAUUAAGAUGUAAUUCAUCUCCUUCCAAAAAUAAAACAACAAAAUUAUAUAUCAUGUGAAUUAUUUUGAUACAUUUUGUACAAAACUGACUAAUUAAAGGUUUUAUGGUUGCUAUUUUUAGAAAAGGAAUAUGACCGUUCUUCACACCAUUAUAUUAAAUGGAAAUUUGCUCGUUUGGGAAUCGUGGUAGAAAUGAAAUGGGGCGGGUGUCUGAUGGACAAAGAAAAUUACUUGCCAACUUUUAAGCUAACACAUUCCAUAAUAUUUGUUGGUUCAAGGACUGCUUCAGAUCGUGCAGUGUUCACUUCCAUAGGUGAUUUUUCUCAUGUUUAAAGCACUGAGCUACACUCCUUCCAUAUGAGAGCAUACAGUGGUACCUCGCAAGAUGAAUGCCUCGCAAGACGGAAAACUCGCAAAACGAAAGGGUUUUUGGUUUUUUGAGUUGCUUCGCAAGACGAUUUUCCCUAUGGGCUUGCUUCGCAAGACGGAAACAUCUUGCAAGUUUGUUUCCUUUUUCUUAAAACCGUUAAUACAGUUGCGACUUGACUUCGAGGAGCAACUCAUAGCACGCGGUGUGGUAGCCUUUCUUGAGGUUUUUGAAGACUUUGGUGAUUUUUGAAGCUUUUCCGAAACUUUUCCGACACCGUGCUUCGCAAGACGAAAAAAACCACAAGACGAAAAAACUCGUGGAACGAAUUAAUUUCGUCUUGCGAGGCACCACUGUAUUUUCAGAAACGUGGCAUUCAGCUGGUUUAUGCCAGUCAGUAUUGAACUCACUUCCCUAUUAUUAAGUUGGAAAUCAAAGACCCAUCUAGUCCAGCAUCCUGUUCUUGCAGUGGCCAAAUACCUAUGGAAAGUCCGUAAACAGAAACUGAGUGCAACAGGGCUCUUUCCAAUGGUUUCCUCCAGCAACUGGUAUGCAGAGGCAUACUGUCUCCAAGUUAAGACAGAACAUUGCCAUCAUUGCUAGUAGUCUUUAAUAGCCAUACAGUGGUACCUCGGGUUACAGAUGCUUCAGGUUACGUGAUUUCGGGUUGCACACCGUGCCAAACCUGGAAGUACCGGAACGGGUUGCGAACGUGCCUCCCGCACGGAUCACAUUCGCAACCCGAGGUUCCACUGUACUGUUGAUGUUAUUCUUUUUUUAAAACCACCCAAGUUAGUAGCCAUCAAUACCUCUUGUAGUAGCAAAUGUGUAAUAAGGAAUUCCUUUUGUCUGUCCUGAAUCUUCCACCAUUCAACUUAAUUGGAUGGCUCUGGGUUCUAGUUUUAUGAGAAAUGGAGGAUUUCCAGGGGAUGAACAUGGCAGACUGAACGUCUUCUGUUGGCAAGUUGCCGACCGAGAUAAUUACAUGGUGACUGAUGAUAGCCAGGACAUAAAUCUUGGCUAUCAAAAUUCACUCUGGAGAUAAGAGUGAACAGGUUAAUAACUUCUGAUGCUCUGAAAAAGCCUUUUUCUACACCGGGAGACCAAGAAGCUGUCAGUACAGUGCUGCCCCGCAAGACGAAUGCCUCGCAAGACGGAAAACCCGCUAGACGAAAUGGUUUUCCGUUUUUGAGUUGCUUCGCAGGACGAAUUUCCCUAUGGGCUUGCUUCGCAAGACGAAAAUGUCUUGCGAGUCUUGAGAUUUUUUUUUCGCUUCCCCCCCCCUUUAUCAAAGCCGCUAAGCCUUUAAUAGCCUUUUAGCAGCUAAUCCGCUAAGCCGAUAAGCCUUUAAUAGCCGCUAAACCGCUAAUAGCGCUAAUCCGUUAAGCCGCUAAUAGGGUUGCUUCGCAAGACGAAAAAACCGCUAGACGAAGACACUCGCGGAACGGAUUAAUUUCGUCUUGCGAGGCACCACUGUACCUGGGAAUCUGGGUGGGGGUGAGCAACUUAGAAUGGAGGAAUCAACAUGUUGUCCAAAAGCCACUCAGGAGCCCUGGAGGCUAUAGGGGCUGCAAGUCUGCCUUUUUUCUAAAUAUCUCUGUGACUGUUAAAAUUUACAAAUGAGAAAGAUGUUUCUGUCUGCUGGUUGAAAUUUACAUUUGGUGUUUGAGCUACUUUAUGGCUUUAAGAAGAGUUGAUCAUUAAAGGGCUGAAAGCAAGCGGGGGGGGGGAGUUCUAACUGUUUGAACCAAGAAAGUUUUAUGAUAAAGUGAGUUCUGAGUGCUAAGAAUUUUUAACUCUCCAUUUUCCCCGUGAAAGUGUUGCCUUGAAAUCAAAAGUAAUUUUGUUACUUCAUAUUUGCUUUGUGGGAAAGGAAUGUGUUCUGAUAUGAGAUAACACUGUGAAGAUCUUAAAGUGGAGACGGGAGAUUGAAGAUCUUAAGAUUGAGACUGAAUUGUUAACAGGAACAUUCAGUAUGGUAAAUACUCUGUUGGACAUUCCAUUGACUGUUGGCAUCCUUUAGCAAUUGUUUGAUGAGCAGUUAAAAGAGAUCAGAGCUAGGAUUGAUGAUGAAAGUGGACCAGAGAAGGAUGAAAUGGGAAGUGGAAUUAAAGAGCACACAGUGAUUUUGGAGAACAAUAUGAAUAUAGGAUUGCCAGAACAGGAAGGUGAAAUGGUUGAGUUGGAGGCAACAGAUGGUAAAAUGGAGAAUACCUUCACACAGGUGUGUGAAUGAAGGCAGUUGUGGAUGCACAGUGGGGAGGGGGACUAAAACUGCUAUUCACACAGUCAGUCUGGCUCAUGACUGCGUGGACCUGCCUUCACUAACAACCUAGUGCAUAUUUUGGAAUACAGUCAUGUUGUUGUUUAGUCGUGUCCGACUCUUCAUGACCCCAUGGAACAGGGCACACCAGGCACUCCUGUCUUCCACUGCCUCCCGCAGUUUGGUCAAACUCAUGCUGGUAGCUUCGAGAACACUAUCCAACCAUCUCGUCCUCUGUGGUCCCCUUCUCCUUGUGCCCGCCAUCUUUCCCAACAUCAGGGUCUUUUCCAGGGAGUCUUCUCUUCUCAUGAGGUGGCCAAAGUAUUGGAGUCUCAGCUUCACUAUCUGUCCUUCCAGUGAGCACUCAGGGCUGAUUUCCUUCAGAAUGGAUAGGUUUGAUCUUCUUGCAGUCCAUGGGACUCUCAAGAGUCUCCUCCAGCACCAUAAUUCGAAAGCAUCAAUUCUUCGGCGAUCAGCCUUCAUACCUCGAGUUAAAGACGCUUCAGGCUGAGCGUUUUUAGGCUGCAUUCUGCGGCAACCCGGAAGUAAUGGAAUGGGUUACUUCCGGGUUUCGCCACAUGCUCAGAUACUCAAAAUGAUGUCACGCGCAUGCACAGAAGCAGCGAGACGUGCAGACACGGGUUGCGUUCUGCUCAGGAUGCGAACGGGGCUCUGGAACGGAUCCCGUUUGCAUCCAGAGGUACCACUGUACAUGCCAGAUUUAUCUGUAUUUUAAAAACAACAAUUUCAAGUUCAUGUCGGAUAAAUGAUUCACUUCAUUUGAAAUGUUAGAGAAAAGUAGCAAUCUCCCCCACCCUGCCAUCAAUAUACUUCAGUCAUGUUGGCUUAACAGUAAUUCUGUAAAUCCUUGGUGAAUCCUUUUGCAAAUGUUUGUCAUUACGCUGAUACAUACCAUAAGUUGAAGCUCGUACUAGAAGGUGUUCUACUGAGAUGAAGCUUACACCCAGCUUAUGCAAAUGUAUAUCAUUUUUCUUUGCAGCAAAUAGUGUGUAUAAUAGCUAGACUAGCAUAUAAUAAUAAUAUGAAAGGUUUCAAAGGACUUUGAUUUCAUAGCAGAUUUGGGAUUAGUAAUGAUUUGCAGCAUUAACUGGUGUAAACCUGCAUGGCUGCAUUGCAUUCAGGACAGAUACUCCAGUUUACAUCAACUGUGAAGGUGCCCUGGAGUGUUUGCUUGGCAUCUGCUAAAAUGUGGUAAAUGAAGAAUGACAAAUUGCAGUUGUUAAUAGUAAUUUCAUGAAACUCCAUUUGAAAGUUAUCUUUCAAUGUCUGUUACUGAUGACCGUUUAUCAAGCUGAACGAGUUGCAGAAAUCUAAUUUAUUUUUCCCUUCAAUUUAAAUGUAAAUAUUUAGGGAAUCUUGUAGUUGCUCAUCCUUUAAGAAAAUAUAUAGAGUCUCAGUUUGAGUGAAAUAUUUAAAAAAGAAGCACAGUCGACUGUGCAACUUCGGAAGCUGUAUUAGAAGCAGAUGUUUUAAAGCUGUACAUAAAAGUCAAUGGACACUACUGUGAUAGCCUUGUGCACAAUAUAUCACAGGUACAGGAAACAUGAAGGUUUUUACUUGAAACCACUGCAGAGAUGGGUAUUGAACCCACGGGUACCCAUAAUAUCUAAAGGUGUCAAGCAAUGCUGUGCAAGGGAACCAGAAGGAACACUGGUCUUCACCAUAUGCACAUGAGCAAAUGCUUUUUGUGCAGCACUUUCCACUGCUGGGCAGAUUCUGCAUUGGACUGGACCUGAAAAGUCUGUUGGUCAACCAUAGCCAAGUGUCUAAAAGCAUGUACCCCACCCUCCAUAGCUGCAAACGGUGAAAAUUGUGCUAUUUAGAAAAAGCAACUGGGGUCAGGUCCCUCCUAGAAUCAUGGGACAGGACUAUCCCAGGUCAAACAGGUCCCCAUUCUGCACAGAAAUCACAAUGGAUUCCUGGAUGCUUGUGCCACGAUGCUUAUGGCUUAUGUGUGGCCUGAUUCAUUCAUAGUCCUAGUGCACAGUUUAUAUGGAUAGUAUGGAAGGGUAGGUGACGCUUCUGCAGAAAGUAAAAUGAUAUACGGUAAGCCAGUAACCUACGUGCACGGCAGUUAAACAAAAUGGAAAGGGGGCAAAGUUCUGGAAAAAAUGACUUUGGCAUUCUCACCACCAUUGAACCCAGUAUGUUAUGACUAUACACAAUUUUGGCUUUAGGCAUGAUCCCCCACGUACGUUGCAGGCUUACUUGGUUGCAGAGAUGGCUCAUCUGUGGUCCUGCAGAAAUUGCUAAACUCCCAAGUGCUAUCUUCCUUGACUAUUGACCAUGCUGCCUUGGGCUGAUGGGAAUUGUAGUUCAACAUCUGGAGGUCGCCAUGUUGUCUACCACUGACCAAAAGGAUAGAGCCCAUGUGUGGGAACCUUUUAUCCUCUUGAUGCUGCUGAACUACAACUCCCAUCAUCCGUGGGAUGCUCGCUGGAGCUGAUGGGAGUUCUAGCUUAGCAAAAUCUUAAAUGUGAGAUAGAUAAUUUAGUCACCCAUGCUAUAUGGACUUUAUAUAACAGCUGCCACCCACUUAAACAAAUCUCAGUGAAUUUAUUGUGCGCGUUUUGAGUCAUCAAAUUUGCAUAUACACAAACCAUAAUGCUGAAGAAAAAGCAUACUCUUUGUUUUUAGAGAUUCGUGUGUUACAGCAGGAAGAAGCAAUCCCCCUUGACUGAGAGAGAAGAGCAGAAAUCUGUUCAAAAUAGCAAUAUUUCUAAGUAUUUCUAUUUAAAACAACUUCAAAGGGGGCGGUUGCUGAUCAGAUGGAAUCACAUUUUAAUCAGUGAAUCAGAUAAAUAUUGCAGCUUUCAUUUAAAAAGCAAAUAAACCAUUUUAAAAUGUGCCUUUUCUUUUUGUUUCUUCCGUAGGAGAAUGUGCAUCCAAGGAAUUUGAUCCCAGAGCUCUGCCGCCAGUUUUAUCACUUAGGAUGGGUUACAGGGACUGGUGGUGGAAUCAGCAUGAAGCACGGGUGAGUGUUUAGUGGUUGUUGUUUUAAACUAAUACCCACUUAGGCACAGAUCAGCAUAAGUGGAGGGAAAGUGAAAGAUAAAACAUGAUAGAUGUUGAAAAGAAGUAGACAAUUGGAACUUCAUUAGAGUGGCCUUAUACCAUUGUCAAAGAAGGCUACUUACGUGCAAUACAGCGGCUUAAGAACUUUAUGGGCCCCGGAUAAGAAAGCUGUCAUUCUUGUAUAUCUUAAGCAAGUAAGUCCUCAGACUCUCUGAGCAGAAUAUAAAUAAUUUCCUCCAGCUGACAGCAGAACAUAAAGUGAAUGAUUUUGUGCAGGUGCAGUACUCUAAAUAGAUUUUCUAAAGAAACAUGUACAUGAAAUGUUUGGCUUAUUUCCGAGUUGCUCUGGAUAUUUGCAUUUGUGGAUACCUAGCUCCACUUAGUGGUGGGAAAAGGAAAAACUUGCAAUCUGUUGGCAUAAAGAUAUACAGUAUGUGUGUCUGGAUAAAGACAUAUUAGUUACACUGUGAAGGGUUUUGCCACAAGAGCUGCCAAUUUCUAGCCUUGGAGUCACAUGUGGAUUCAAGCAGGUGGAUCUUGAGCUGUUCCAAAAAAGAGUUUUCCAAUGAUAAUUGCCAUUUCCCUCUUUCUGUAUAGCCAGUACAGUGGUAUCUCGGGUUACAUACGCUUCAGGUGACAUACGCUUCAGGUUACAGACUCCGCUAACCCAGAAAUAGUGCUUCAGGUUAAGAACUUUGCUUCAGGAUGAGAACAGAAAUCGUGCUCCAGCGGUGCAGCAGCAGCAGGAGGCCCCAUUAGCUAAAGUGGUGCUUCAGGUUAAGAACAGUUUCAGGUUAAGUACAGACCUUUGGAACGAAUUAAGUACUUAACCUGAGGUACCACUGGACUGGACAAGCAGUGCAUGCUUGGAGAAGAAGGUGAAUCUAGAUGAUAAAUAAAAGUAGAAGUAGAAAUGGCAACAGAAGUAAGACUCCAAUACCCCUAAAGAGCAAGAGAGGUUUUAGAAAACAGGCUAGAAUUGGACAGCAGGAUGACUGAAGUCAGUGACUUGGGUUAUAGAAAGAAUUUUGGAGGGAUAAAUGGGAGAGCACCACUUGUAUUCAUCUCGGGGCUGGAGACAGAGGAAGCAGAAGGCCUGUUGUAGUGAAAACCAUAAAGUAACGGCUCUCAAAACAAAAACACAUGACGCAGAAAUAAAUCCCAUUGAUUUUUUUUAAACAUAAUAAUAUAGUAUAACUUCUCCACUUAAUAAAGGCUAAAUUAUUCUUAAGGCCGGGAUAGCAUUCGCAUAAACACAGUGCAAUGUCAGUUUCAAAUGCUGACGUUUUAAAAUUAUCCUUACUUAAUUUUAUUGCAAAUGUGUAAAAGCCUUAGGGAAGAGGUUGGCAUGCAGGGCAAUCCCAAGAGGGUCCAGGGAGGUGCAGAGUGGCAUAUCCUUUGCCUCACCUGAAACCCUGCUGGUUCCUGUCCACCAUGGCAAAAGGUAGAGGAAGUGCUGUUUGUGUAGAUGUGUUUGGUUUUUUUGCUUGCCAUAUGCACAGCUGUCCUGCCCAACUCCACACCCCAUUUUGGGGCCAUACUGUGGCCACAACGAAAUUCCCCUCGUAGAGCCCAGCUGAGGGACACUGCCACCUAAUCCGAACUCCCACCAGCACUUCUGAUCAGGGGGUAACAAUUGCAGCCUUAAUCUUUCAUCUAAACUGAAAAUGGCUCCUGUGUCACAAAAGUUAAUCUGUGACUUGAGGCUGCUGCCUUAUAUACUCACUGUAUAUAUGCCUUAUAAACUCACUGUAUAUAUUUCAAAAAGCACUGUGUUUUCAUUGCUGACAAUUCUAUGCAAGAUACCAUGUUGAUUCUUAGUACAGUGGUACCUCGGGUUACAGACGCUUCAGGUUACAGACUUCACUAACCUAGAAAUAGUACCUCGAGUUAAGAACUUUGCUUCGGGGUGAGAAAUCGCACAGCGGCGGCAGCGGGAGGCCCCACUAGGUAUAAUAGUACCUCAGGUUAAGAACAGUUUCAGGACCUCCAGAACGAAUUAAGUUCUUAACCCGAGGUACCACUGUACAGUAGCACCCCGUGUUACGUUACCCUUGGGAAACGUAAACUUCAGGUUGCGAAAGUGGCAAACCCGGGAGUGUUUCACCAUGUGCGCAUGCACAGAAGUGGUCUACCGCCGUGUGCAUGCAUAUAACAGUGAUCCUCAGGUUGCGAAAACCUCGGGAUCCGGCCGGACCUCCGGAAUGGAUCCCAUUCGCAACCGGAGGUACCACUGUAUUCCUAACAGAUAUAUAGUGUUCUUUUUAGUUUGACUGCAAAUCCUUGCUAGUUGAGUGAUCAAAUGGAAUCUUCUUCAUAAAUGUGCACCCACCCACCUCCCUUUAACAUUCAAUUAAUAAUGGUACCUACCGGUAUGUCUUCAAAUAUCAGCUGUGCAUAACCUGGCCAAUUAACCACUAGGUGUCUCUGCUCUGCAGAAUUCCAAGUAAGAGCUCCAGAGCUCCGUAUUACUCCAAUAUUAUUAAAGGCAACGGUUAUUCGUGCAGACGUUGCCUCACUUUCUCUUUUGCCCACAAACAGAUUUGUGCAAUAGUUUUUAAAAACAUCUAUAUUUAUUUGAAAUCAUUUACAAUCCCGCUCCUCCUCCCUAAAUCGUGGCGUACGCUAAACACAGUAAAAUAUGAACAACUAGUAAGAAAGAACAAAGCAUACAGCUUAUGUUUCACCCUUUAGUCCUAAACCCCUUUAUUUGUGUAUCAAGUCCCCUUGGCUUCAGAAGGAUUUUCUUCUACUUCGGCUUCCUUAGAAUUGCAGCCUUGGUUAACUUGACAGUGUGGCAUUCCUACGGCAGUAUAGAUGUUUAUUCCCCUGCAAAUCAAAAGGGAUUUCUUUGUCUCAUAGCGUGCCCUGCAUAAUCACAGCUAUGAAGAGCUUUAAGGGCAACGGCAAGCAAUAACACCUCUAAGCUAUAAUAAUGUCGGGUGUUCUAGGGCUAGCUAAGCCUGUGGCAGUAGCUUAAGCACUGCUGUCAGAUGCAGAUCAUGUUGUGAUGGGAGGAAUUGCUGUAUGUUCUGUUGUUGGUAAAUGAAGCCAUAUGCUUCAUGCUACUUUGUGUCUACAGCUAAACCGAUCUUGAUUUCCCCCUCUAGCAAUGAGAUAUAUAUUGCUCCCUCUGGUGUCCAAAAAGAAAGAAUUCAGGUAGGUACAGCUAGCAUUUCUACCUCUGAUAAUCUUCCUUGAAAACUAAUCUGAAGAUUUAUCCCCUCCAUGCUUGCUCAGAAGGAAGUCUGGCUGAGUUACACCCUGGUAAAUAUGUAUAGGAUUGCAGCCACAGACAUAUUUAAACACACAUUUAUUAGUAGGAAGAAAGUUCAAAAGCUUCAUUUUCUAAUUAGCUCUGGCCUAAACAGGCUAAUUUUGGAACAGCCUUGAAUGGUGGCAUUAAGGUAUCCUGGGCUAAAGAAAAAACUAAGGAGGCAGCCUGGAUGAAUGGGCCAGAUAAAUUGCAGUGUUCCUUGUCUGCAAGAGAGAGGUGAUAGUUUGCUUGGAUCUUCUCACUCUGGGGAGCCCUUUUGCCUGUAUGGAAGGGUUGCAAUUCCUAUUGGACAGCCAAAAUGAGUUUCUCUGUAUUGGAGAGAAACUUAUUGAAGCCACAUAACCAAGACAUGCAUGCAGGGUGGAUAAAAAGCAAUGAUUUUAAAAUAUAAAAAAAAUAAAAAUUGGUUUUUUAAUUUAAAUCAGAUUUUUAAAAUUUAAAUCAGAGUUUUUAAAAUUUAAAUUAGAUUUUUAAAAUAAAAUGCUUUUGGAGGAAAAAUCUUUCUAAAGAUAGUUUUCUAUUUAAGUUACAUUAUGGUCCAAAGGCUAUUCAUCAACAAAUAAGGAUUUGUUUUAAGUUUUUCAUGUGUGCUAAAACUUAGUCUAAGUUUUUUUAUUAAAAAAAAAUGUUUAACCACAUCAGUUAACAAACAUGGAUACAUCUGCUAUAAUGUUAUUGUUUUAGUUAAAUAAAUUGCUUAAAUUGUUAUUAAGGAAAUGAAUAUUUUUCUCCUUCCAAUAAAAUACAGGAGAAAAGUUGUCCAAAUAUAAACAGUUAAUUUAUUAAACCUCACAAUAAUUUCAUAAUUAUCUGUUUAUCUAUUUCUACUAGUAUAACCAAAUCAGUAAUUUUUGAUAUAACUGUAAAAUGUACUCUGAAAAUUUACUAUCCCAAAUAUGAAACCUUUCUCUAGAUGUAAAUAUUAAGAUUAUACCAGUGAGAAUGAGCCUUUCUGUAAAAAAAGAAGAAGAUUUAAAUCAAGUCUUACUGACUAGUGAUUUAAAUUGUGAUCCACCCUACAUUCAUGUAUGUCCAUUUAUUUAUCAUCUUUUCCUUUCCAUUUAUUGGUCCUUUGUUCCUGCCGCCUCACCCCUCAGACACUCGGGAGUGGUAAAGGGAGAUGGUUUAUUUUCUUUUGUGCAGCCAAGUUUAUUUCACAAAUGGCAUUGGAGGGUUCUACUUGCCAUUAAUGCCAUUGCUGCUGUGAGCUACUGUUAGGAACAAGAGUGGGCUGCCUGCCUUACCCUUUGGCUUCAUAUUGGGUUAGAAGAGCCUAACAAUAGCAGGACUGAUUAGGAGCAUUGCUUUUGUCCAGUGGCCAAGCAGGAAUAGCCACUAAGAAUAAAUCAAGAAAUUGGCUCUGUACAGCACUGUUUCUCUUGACCUUAGAGGCUGGUUGAAGGGGCUUCUCCUUCUACCACCCCGGAAUGCUGGAGCAGUCUGCAAAGCUGGGAAGAAACAGUGCUUAAUAUGAUGAAAAUAGGUUUGUGCAAUUGGGCCUGUAUGUUGUAUCACGAUCGACUCAGGGACCACGCAAGGAUUUGGGUUGAUCGCGGCCACCUCAAGCACCCUGCUGGGCCGCCGUCUUUGCCUGAUGCCCAGUCAGCUGGCUGGCCCGGAAAGGCACGAGACACCUGCCUCCACCCCCAACAAGCCUCCGCCCUGGGGAGGGAGGCAAAAAUGGAGCACACGGGGCUCUGCACGGGCUGCAGCUGUGGAGGCACCCAGUCAGCUGGCUAGGCAGGAAAGGGAGCCGAGGGAAGGGCAGCGUGCGAGAGAGAGACCAUGACAUUUCUCCUCCCUUUCCCCCCCUCCCACCGGUUCCCAUAGAAAGAAAACCCUCUCGUUCUGCAUGGAUGUGGAACUUUCCAGCUCCAGUCUAGCUGUGUUUACUCAAAAGUAAGCUGCUCUCCCUCCUAGUUCUGCAUGGAUGCUGAACUUUCCCUGCCUUUCCAGCUCCAGCCUACAUGCAUUUAUUUGAAAGUAAGCCACUGCCCCCUUCCCUACAGAGCUCUUUCAUCCGGUAAAGGGGGAACUGGACAUUUCAGGGCGUGUUGGCUUCCCAUGCGCACCAAUGGCCUUGGGAGGGGGCUAGCAUGGGGAUAAUAAUUUGUUAUUAUUUUUAUCAUUAUCAUAAUUUAUUAUUUAUACCCCGCCUGUCUGGCUGGGUUUCCCCAGCUAAAUAUAAUAUGUUUAAGUUGAAGAAUGACAAUGGGAGAAUGUGGUAGCUCACUGCCAAUUUUUGAUAUUGGAUGAUGGAUCACAACCUGUUGGAUGUUGGACGUGCCUGUUGUAUACCAUAAUGAAAUAUUGGAUUAUUAUUUUUUAAAUAAUCUUUAUUAAUUUAAAUUACACACAUAUACAAAGAAUUUACAAUCUCAUACUACAAAAAGAAAAUUAAAGAAAAAACAAUUAAGAAAAAAGAAAAGAAGAAAAUACAGAAAAAAAGAAAGAAGAAAAAGCAGUAUAAAAAACUUAAUCUUCCUAAUUAAUACUUAAAUAAACACUUAAAUAAAAAAGACUUCUGACAAAACGAGUCAGAUGUCUGAACUCGAAAAUUUUGAUUUUAAAGGAAAUCUUUGCGUCCUAUUGGCACAGAAACUCAAUCUGUGAAUAUUGUGUUGUGAUUAGCAGAAAGCAUGACCAAUACAGUUUUUUUUUAAAAAAAAGUUACUAGAUUGAAUUCUCAUAGGUGCCCCAAGAAUGUAUCGGUAAAAUAAAACUUAAGUGCAAUUCUAUACUUAUUGACUCAAAGGUUGGCCCCAGUGAGUUUAGGGGAGCUCCCUCCCAGGUAAAUGGAUGUAGGAGUGCAGAUUAAAUCAUAGGCUGUUUCUGCUGCAACAUUAGUGAAAUAAAUAUUAAGGUAUAUUUUCAAAUGAAGGCUGUAAUCCUAUACUCACCUGGGUGCAAGCCCAUUGAAUGCAAUGGAAUUCACUUCUGAACAAAUGUGCAUAUAGGGUUGCUCUGCAAAUAUUUGACCAGGGCUCUGUGUCUUUUCUGCGAUUGUUUGUACGUGUGCCAGAAUCAAAAGAUGGAUUCCAGAGGUUCUCGGUCUCAGCUUUCAUUUGUUUGUCUCUAAUCCUUUGAAAGAGAGAGUUUCGAAAACCAACAAGCAUGCUAAGAUGGUGGUAAUUACGAACAAAGUGCACUUCCUAGGGGAGUUUACUUCUUAAAGUCGAGCAACACAAAAUGUUAAAAAUAAAAUAGAAUCAGUGAUAUAUAAGGGUGUGCAUUUCUAUAGAUCUAUAUAGUACUGGUCAUACAGUUUUCUUAAUGUUAUCAUAAAUUAGUUCACCAGAAAGGGAACAACUAAAAAAUGAUGUUCUCAGGAAAGGCAGCAUCAUACGCCUGACGUGGCACCAGCACCACUGCAGUUUGCUAAGAAGGGGAGAGGUGAUGUGGCAAAGACAGAGAGGUGCUGUGCGGACACUCUGGUGGAAAUGGUGCCUUGGUUCUGCUCAUUCAGCUUCACAGAAGCAUCUUCUCCACUGCCUGGCCCCGCUGCCCCCUAGUAGACGGCAGUGGCACUGGUCAGGCCAGGAGGACAGGUAUGUGCUGCCAUUCCUGCCCUACCGCCAUUCUGUGUAUGCACAGAUAUAACUUCCUUCUGUGGAGCAAGACUGGCUUCACAAUGCAUUCAAAGAAUAUACCGUAUUGGCCUGAAUAUAAGCCACACCCGGAAAUAAGCUGCACCUUUAAAAUUUGGAAGGGGGGAGAAGAAAAAAAGACAAUACCAGAGUAUAAGCCGCUCCUUAAAAUUCUGCAGGUGUUCACACCCGUAAAUGGCAUAUCUAGAAGAAAAUCCGAAAGGUACCAGAGAGGACCCGCAAGUGGGUUAAACACCUGUUCAUAGCACCGUAAAUGCAAAUAAAAAAUCAAUACAGUACUGUCCUGUAAAAUAUGGGGGAAGCUAUGAAUGGCACUAGAAUUAAUUGCACAAGAGUCUCGCUUUUUUGUUGUUGUUGUUGUUCUGUUUUACCGUAUGUCUGUUUCAGCAGCAAUAUCCUAAAAAGCAAUUUUUGUAAGGUCAUGAAUUUAAGUCACACUUUGACUUUUCACGGUCGGAAUUUGGAAAAUAGUGUGGCAUAUUCAGGGCAAUAUGGUAUUUAUCAGCUAGUCAAAUGCUGAUCUCAGUCAUCGGCCUUACCCCCCCAAGUUUGAUCCUGGACAGGGAACUGGUCACUUCCACCAUGCCUUAACAACUCACUGCACACUCACAUUUCUGCACCCUCUCAGAAUCUAAUUAUAUUGAAUGUAUUUUAUCAAGAACUAGUUUCUCCAGUGGGUUUUUCCUUUCUUGUUUUAUUAAAAUGCAAAACCAAGCAUCAAACAAAUCAUAACAGAAAACAGUUAUUAAAUUCCGAAGCAGAGCCAAAAAAAAGUUGCAGUGGUUUUUCAGCUCACAAUGCAGAUCUUUCUCUGAUCUUUGAACCCUUUAUAAUUUAGUUCGUUGAAAUGUAGGUGUGCAUAAAUACUCAAACUGUGUCUCCAAAUGCUUUCAUUAUAGCCUGAAGAUAUGUUUGUGUGUGACAUUGAAGAACGGGACAUCAGUGGUCCCCCACCACACAAGAAGCUAAAGAAGAGUCAAUGCACGCCUCUCUUCAUGAAUGCUUACACCAUGAGAGGUAGGCAGCAAGCAGCAUUAUUGAAAAGUCAGCACUUCGUAAACACGAGUGUAUUCUGCUUAUAAAAUAGAGAUUUCUUAAUUGAAACUGCAGCAGAAUUGGAACAUGCCUUUACAGCAGUACAAUGCAGUUCUUCCAGUAAUUGCUAUAACACCUAAAACAUCUUUCUUUUACUGAUUGGUUGAUUUCAUUUACAGUAUAUAUAUGCCUCCUUAUAACAAAAAGCUCUCUUGAUGGCUUUUUGAAAAGGAAUGAUUCACAGAAGCUUCAUUUGGCAAAUACAAAUAUGUACCCCAAUCAAGUCUCUCUUUUUGGGUAACAAUUACUACAUUUUUAAUAUGGGCCUUCUGGCGGUUCCCUCCCUGCAAGAAGUGAGGUUACAGGGAACCAGGCAGAGGGCCUUCUCAGUAGUGGCACCCGCUCUGUGGAACGCCCUCCCAUCAGAUGUCAAGGAAAUAAACAACUAUCUGACUUUUAGAAGACAUCUGAAGGCAGCCCUGUUUAGGGAAGUUUUUAAUGUCUGAUGUUUUAUUGUGCUUUUAAUUCUGUUGGGAGCCACCCAGAGUGGCUGGGGUAUAAAUUAUUUAUUAUUAUUAUUAUUAUUAUUAUUAUUAUUAUUAUUAUUAUAUGAUAAUUCAGCCUCUCUGUAUGUGCACAGAAUAUGGCUGACUUACUAGUCUUCUGAGGGGGAAAUCAUAAGUGGCAGAAUCAGAGGUGCCCAGUUGCCUCAGCUAGCAGUGGGACAAUGAAUGAGUACCUGGCCAUUCCCCUUACUUUCAAUGUUUGGCUGCUGCUCAUGUGCUGGCAGCUUAUCCUCCCCUCCUCUCUGACUCAUUCUGAGGAAGACGGAGAGGCAUCCUGGGAGAGGUGGCUACAGAGAAUGCUUUUCCAGUGUUUUUUGGGGGGGUUAGUAGACAUCCUCUCUUAAAUAAUUCCCAGCCACCCCAGAAUUGUGGCAGCUCGGGCAUUCUCCCAGGCCACCUGUCCUGCAGUGCCUUGAGAAAAUACCCCUUCCCUUCUUCAGAAGGAGGCGUGUUGCUGCCAUAUUAGCAGUAAGGUAAAGGUACCCCUGCCCGUACGGGCCAGUCGUGUCCAACUCUAGGGUUGUGCGCCCAUCUCACUUAAGAGGCCGGGGGCCAGAGCUGUCCAGAGACAUUUCCGGGUCACGUGGCCAGCGUGACGAAGCUGCUCUGGCGAGCCAGCACCAGCGCAGCACACGGAAACGCCGUUUACCUUCCCGCUAUAACACAGUACCUAUUUAUCUACUUGCACUUGAUGUGCUUUCGAACUGCUACGUGGGCAGGAGCUGGGACCGAAAGACGGGAGCGCACCCCGCCACGGGGAUUCGAACCGCCGACCAUGCGAUCGGCAAGUCCUAGGCACUGAGGUUUUACCCACAGCGCCACCCGCGUCCCAUAUUAGCAGUGGCAAGACAUUAAAAGCAAUGAGGAGGAGGAGGAGCACUUGGAAAGGAGUAGCAGAAUGUUCAAAAUCAGUGAACCUGUCUACCACUUAGGCUGGGGAAGGAGGAGACAAGGAAGCAGACAGGUUUUGGAGAAAAGUUUUAUACUGUGUCUGUGGACAGGGGUCUGGGUGCUCUUGGUAGGAAUGAAUGCAGGGAGAUGAAGGCUGAAUUUUGUAGCUCAGUUCAAAAUAAGACAAAUGUUUGACUGUGGAACUACAGUCAUACCUUGGAAGUCAAACGGAAUCUGUUCCAAAAGUCCGUUCGACUUCCAAAACGUUCGAAAACUAAAUCACAGCUUCUGAUUUCGGCUUCCAAAAAUAGUUCGCUUCCAAAAAUAGUUCGCAAGCUGGAACAGUCACUUCCAGGUUUGCGACUUUCAGGAGCCAAAACAUUGGGGAUCUAAGCUAUUCGAAAACCAAGGUACGACUGUAUAAUCCUGAAAAUAUGUCUAGCAUGAUUAACAAGAGAUCCAGUAAAUCAGAAUCUGUUCAUAUUGUUGCUUGGCACCUUUGGAAUGGAAUGGGUGGAGGACCAGUUCAAAGGUUAAACUCAAAGGACUGGUUCUUUAUUAAAUCAAAUCAAAUCUUAGAGAGAGAGAAAAGAAAAGAAGUGGUUUGGGGUAUUUCAGUCUUGACAGGGCAUUUGAAUUUUCAUUCUGAGAAUGUAUGCCUUCUGGGGAUGUGUGUGUUGAAUGUAAUUAAUACACCCAAAGGGGGAGAGUGUGGCUGAAGUGCAAGUAGAGAGAGAUAAUUUUCUAGAUUGUUAUUUGCUUCCUUUUAAGUUUGUUCCCCAAGGAAUACAAAUUACUAGAAAUUGUGAAUAUUGCCUCUGUUUCCCACCUGUGCUACUUAGCUGGUAGCUGCAUGCUAGUAUUAGUAAUUAGUACUGGAAACUGGUUUUCGUCUCUGGAGUGCUGGAGGAGACUCUUGAGAGUCCCAUGGACUGCAAGAAGAUCAAACUUAUGCAUUCUUAAGGAAAUCAGCCCUGAGUGCUCACUGGAAAGACAGAUCCUGAAGCUGAGGCUCCAAUACUUUGGCCACCUCAUAAGAAGAGAAGACUCCCUGGAAAAGACCCUGAUGUUGGGAAAGAUGGAGGGCACAAGGAGAAGGGGACGACAGAGGACGAGAUGGUUGGACAGUGUUCUCGAAGCUACUAACAUGAGUUUGACCAAACUGUGGGAGGCAGUGGAAGACAGGAGUGCUUGUUGUGCUUUGGACCAUGGGAGUCAGACAUGACUAAACAACAACAAUUGGAAAUUGGUAUAGAUGUAGACACAAUUUUAUUAAGAAAGGUUGUGGUGGGAUUAACCCACCCUUCCAGCGUCACUGCAACUUACCUGGAGGGACAGGGGCAGAACUGGAUGAUGACAAGCUUGGAGCAGUGUGGUCACAUUGGCAGGAGCACCACACUGACUCUGCUGGUGUGGAUCCUGUUGAAUAUUUGCCACUACUCUCAUUUUGACACACACUCUUCUGUUUUCUUAAUAUUCAGUGCCAAUGUUGGGAUAUAUGGAACAUUCUCUUGCGCUCUUGGCUACAAAUGGGGGUUAAAAUAAUAAAAACAAGUUUUGCUGAUCUCUGAUAAAAAGCUUAUAGGAAAAUGUACAGAUGCCUCCUUCAUUGUUUUGUGGUGCGUAAGAAGCUGGCUUCACUGAGCUAGUGAAACUGAAGCAACCCAUACAUUUUCUCGGAGGAUUACUGAGUGCAGUCUGCCAUGCUUUCCGUUGAUUUAAAGAAGUGAGUUGUUUUGUAUUUUAAUUUACCUUGUCCGUGUUAGCAAAAAUAUUUAGCGUAGGUCGUAAGUUUAUAUGCGAUUGAAGAGUGAUGUAUGAGUCAUAUUUUUCAUUAAGUUUUCACUUUCGUAGGAGCUGGAGCUGUAAUCCAUACGCACUCCAAAGCUGCUGUAAUGGCCACACUUCUCUAUCCUGGAAGAGAGUUUAAAAUUACUCAUCAGGAGAUGAUAAAAGGGAUCAAGAAAUGCACAGCAGGUGGCUAUUUCAGGUAAUUUCCCCUUGAUAAGUUUUCAGGCUCGUGUCAUAGUUUACCCUGAUUUCAGAACAAUCUCUCUUGUUCAUAUUUCAGAUAAUCUGUUUUUAUGUGUAAUGUGCAAAUACUUCACUUUUAAAAAAGAACUUCUGCUGGUAAUUUCUCAGAAAAUAUGUCUGCAGUCCAAUAGAUGGUUAUGCUGGGCACAAAUUCUGUUGAACUCAGUGGGACAUGUGAGCUGAACUGGCAUAAAUUGGCUUUUGUUGUACAAGACACACCUCUUCUGCCUUUACAAACCUAUGUUAGUAGAUGUAGAUCAGGGGUCGGCAACCUAAGGCCCAUGGGCCACAAGCGGCCCAUGGGGGUCGUUUAACCAGCCCAUGGACUCCCGCCACCCGCUCAGUCAGCUCCUGUGCGCUGUGCUAAACCAGUAUGGAGCAGAGCGGGCACUGCCUUCUGUGACGCUGGCUGGCUUCCCAUUGGCUGCAGGAAGCUCCUGCAGCCAAUGGGAAGCUGCACACACUUCCUCUGCUCUGGAAGAAGCCAGAAAUAGCACUUAGAAUCAUAGAAUCAUAGAGUUGGAAGAGACCACAAGGGCCAUCGAGUCCAACCCCCUGCCAAGCAGGAAACACCAUCAGAGCACUCCUGACAUAUGGUUGUCAAGCCUCUGCUUAAAUACCUCCAAAGAAGGAGACUCCACCACACUCCUUGGCAGCAAAUUCCACUGUCGAACAGCUCUUACUGUCAGGAAGUUCUUCCUAAUGUUUAGGUGGAAUCUUCUUUCUUGUAGUUUGGAUCCAUUGCUCCGUGUCCGCUUCUCUGGAGCAGCAGAAAACAACCUUUCUCCCUCCUCUAUGUGACAUCCUUUUAUAUAUUUGAACAUGGCUAUCAUAUCACCCCUUAACCUCUUCUUCUCCAGGCUAAACAUGCCCAGCUCCCUUAGCUGUUCCUCAUAAGGCAUCGUUUCCAGGCCUUUGACCAUUUUGGUUGCCCUCCUCUGGACACGUUCCAGUUUGUCAGUGUCCUUCUUGAACUGUGGUGCCCAGAACUGGACACAGUACUCCAGGUGAGGUCUGACCAGAGCAGAAUACAGUGGCACUAUUACUUCCCUUGAUCUAGAUGCUAUACUCCUAGAGUAUACUUGCGCAUAUGUGCGCGCACUCCGGCCCACCGCGGCGUCUGCAGGACCAUGAACCGGCCCAAGACACAAAAACAUCGCCAACCCCUGAUGUAGAGCUAUCUAAUAAUUCCACAGAAUCCCUGAGAUCCCAGGUUACUGUUACAGAUAUCCUUGGAAGAAUUGGGUAAAGUGGGGUGGUAGAUAUUGUUUCAAAUCCAAAUUCCUAUAGUUGUUGCAUUUUCAACUACCUAGCACAUUUCUUGCACAUUAGUGUAAAAUUAUCUCCUAUGUUUUCCUAGUAACUAGGCUUUCUUGUGUCACUUUGUAUACCAGAUUCUAGCUUUGUAGGUAGUUUAUGAAAUAUCUUAGUUCAGUAGCUUGAUCGUUUUGACACUGUAACUAUAAUUAUUUAGUUGUGCCCAUUACAACAACAUUGUAAGGGAAGUCAGCAUUACUCCCAUAUUGCAGAUGGGGGGGGGAGUAGCAUGAGAGUGGCUUGCUUUAAGGCCAUCUAGCGCAUACAUGGUAGAGUCAAGUUUCAAACUGGGACUUUCUGAUUAAUAAGUACGCCUGCAGUCCUAAUCGUACUUACCUGGGACUAAGCCCCAUUGAAUUCAAUAGGAAUUACUACUGAGAGGACGUGGUUAUGGUUGAACUGUAAAGCCCCAUCGGCACUAUACAUUUAAAGCAGUAUUAUACCACUUUAUUUUUUUUUUUUUAAUAUAAUAUUUAUUGGUUUUACAAAAAUUCCAAAACAUACAAAAAUACAGAAUUUCAAAAACAAAAAACAACAGUAACAAUAACAAAAGAAACACAAAGAAUAACAAUAACCAUAAAAAAGGAAGACAAAAGAGAAGAAAAAAAAGAAACAGAAAAAUUUAGAAGAUUAUAAUUUCAUUUAACCUUCUUAUCUUUCCUUGGUUCUUUGACUUCCCCGCACCUCCCCACUUGUAUUUCCUUUUAGAGACUCCUUUCAGCAAAUCCUUACCCUCCUUCCUUUAUCUUAAGUCAGAAAACUUAAUCUAUUUAUAUCUAGAUGUUUUUACAACCUUAUCAAUCAAAUAUUCCAUACUCUUAAACGCGAGGCUUUUGCCCAUACCAGUUAUUUUCAAUCAGACCUCAAUUUAGCAUUCAUUAAUUUUAUAGUAUUUCUGUAGAUAGUCUUUAAAUUUCUUCCAAUCUUCUUCCACCGACUCUUCUCCCUGGUCACGGAUUCUGCCAGUCAUUUCCGCCAAUUCCAUGUAGUCAAUCACCUUCAUCUGCCAUUCUUCCAGAGUGGGUAGAUCUUGUGUCUUCCAAUACUUUGCAAUGAGUAUCCUUGCUGCUGCUGUAGCUUACAUGAAAAAGGUUCUGUCCUUCUUUGGCACCAGUUGGCCGACAAUGCCCAAGAGAAAGGCCUCUGGUUUCUUCAGAAAGGUAUAUUUAAAUACCUUUUUCAGUUCAUUGUAUAUCAUUUCCCAGAAAGCCUUAAUCUUUGGGCACGUCCACCAAAGGUGAAAGAAUGUACCUUCAGUUUCAUUACAUUUCCAACAUUUAUUAUCGGGCAAAUGGUAGAUUUUUGCAAGCUUGACUGGGGUCAUGUACCACCUGUACACCAUUUUCAUUAUAUUCUCUUUUAAAGCAUUACAUGCUGUAAACUUCGUACCUGUGGUCCAUAACCGUUCCCAGUCAGCAAACAUAAUGUUAUGUCCAACAUCCUGUGCCCAUUUAAUCAUAGCCGAUUUUACCGUUUCAUCCUGAGUAUUCCAUUUUAGCAGCAAGUUAUACAUUCUUGAAAGUGUUUUAGUUUUGGAAUCUAACAGUUCUGUUUCCAACUUUGAUUUUUCCACCUGGAAGCCAAUUUUUCUAUCCAAAUUAUAGACCUCUCUUAUUUGGUAAUAAUGCAACCAGUCUCGCACUCUAUCUUUUAGUUUUUCAAAACUCUGCAAUUUGAAUUUAUCUCCUUCUUGUUCCAAGAUCUCCCAAUAUUUCGGCCACUUGGCCUCCAUAUUGGACUUCUUCAGGGCCUUUGCCUCCAUUGGUGAUAGCCACCUUGGGGUUUUAUUCUCCAAUAAGUCUUUAUAUCUUAUCCAGACAUUAAACAAUGCUUUUCUGACAAUAUGGUUUUUAAAUAUUUUGUGAGCUUUAACCUUGUCAUACCACAAAUAUGCAUGCCACCCAAACACAUUAUUGAAACCUUCUAAGUCCAAAACAUCAGUAUUUUCCAGAAGUACCCAAUCCUUCCAACCAGCAGAAAGCUGCUGAUUCAUAGUAAAGUUUAAAGUCUGGCAGGGCAAAUCCCCUCUUUCUUUAGCAUCAGUCAAUAUUUUAAAUUUUAUCCUGGGCCUCUUGCCCUGCCAGACAAACUUAGAGAUAUCUCUCUGCCACUUCUUAAAACAAUCCAUUUUGUCUAUUAUUUGUAUCGAUUGAAACAAAAACAGCAUUCUUGGCAAUACAUUCAUCUUGAUGACAGCAAUUCGACCUAACAAGGAAAGCUUCAAAUUUGUCCAUAUUUCUAAAUCCUUUUUAAUGUCCGACCAACACUUUUCAUAAUUGUCUUUAAAUAAAUUCCCAUUUUUAGCUGUCAUAUGAAUCCCCAAGUAUUUCACUUUUUUUACCACUGUUAAACCUGUCUCAUUCUGAAACCUCUCUUUUUCAAUCGGUGUUAAAUUCUUCUCAAGUACUUUAGUUUUAAACCUAUUCAGCUUAAAACCUGCCACCUGACCAAACUCUUGAAUCAGUUCUAGUGCUCUUUUCGUACUAGAUUCUGGCUCCUGUAAUGUCAAUACAAGGUCAUCUGCAAAUGCUUUCAGUUUGUAUUGUUUCGCUCCGACCGUUAUCCCCUUAAUCAAAUGGUCCCUUCUUAUCAUAUUUAACAAAACCUCCAGAACAGAAAUAAAAAGUAAUGGGGAAAUUGGGCAGCCUUGUCGUGUCCCUUUCUCUAUCUUAAUUUCCUCUGUUAUCACAUUAUUGACUAUUAAUUUAGCUUUUUGUUCUGAAUAGAUUGCAUUUAUACCAUUUUCAAACUCUUGGCCUACCCCCAUCCCCUGGAGAUUUUUCUUCAUAAAGCUCCAAGAAAUGUUAUCAAAGGCUUUCUCUGCAUCCACAAAAAUCAAAACUGCUUUAGUAUUAAUCUCCUCUUGCAACUUCUCCAGAAUAUCAAUUAUAUUCCUUGUAUUGUCCGAAAGAUGUCUAUCUGGAAGAAAGCCAGCUUGGUCCUUAUGAAUCACUCCUUUUAGCACUUUUUAAGCCUUUUUGCUAAAAUGUCAGCAAAAAUUUUGUAAUCCACAUUUAACAGGGAUAUGGGCCGAUAGUUCUUAAGCUGUGUCUUUUCAGUCUCAGACUUUGGUAUAAGUGUAAUAAAUGCGUCAUUCCACGACUCUGGCGCUCUUUUCCCCUCUAAAAUUUCAUUGCAAACCUCAGUUAAUGGUCGAAUUAACCAGUCUUUCAAAGUUCUGUAAUAUUUUGAGGUUAAACCGUCCGGUCCUGGAGAUUUUCCCAACUGCAUAUUCUGAAUGGCACCUUCAACCUCUUGUUCUGUAAUUUUGUAAUUCAGCAAUAUCUUGUUAUCCUGAGAGAUUUUUUGUAAUCCAUUGGUUUUCAGAAAUUGCUCUAUUUCAAAUUCUUUCUGAGGCCCUUGUGUAUAUAAUUGUUUAAAAUAUCUCUGGAAGCAUUUCCUAAUUUCUUCUGGAUUCUGAAUAUUUUUCCCUUCCACUUCCAAAUUAGUAAUAGUAUUAAGUUUUUGUCGUUUCUUCAACUGCCAAGCCAGCAGUUUCCCACAUUUAUUUGCCGAUUCAAAAGUCUUUUGUUUCAUUUGUUUAAUUUUCCAUUCCACUUCUUGAUUUAUCAAUUUCAUAUACUGCACUUGGUACAAUUUUAUUUCCCUCAGAAUCUCUUGUGAAUUGGGCUUCACUCUCAGUUUUUUCUCGCCCUCCUUUAUUUUUUCCAGAAUUUUUUCUUUCUUUACAUUUUGGGCCCUCUUCUUAAGUGAAUUCUGUUGAAUCAGGAAGCCCCUCAUAACAGCUUUACUUGCAUCCCAGAUUAUUCUUUUUUCUACAGCUGUAUUCAAGUUUAUCUCAAAAUAGUCUCUCAAUGUCUUUUGGGCCUUCUUAAUCACCUCUUGAUCUCUAAACAAGGUGUCAUUCAUCCUCCAUCGGAAGGAACCAGUAGAUGUUAACGUCAUCUCCAUUCUCACGGCGUUAUGGCCGGAGCAUGUUUUUGGACAGAUCUCUACCUUCCUAACCUUAGGUGCCAGUCCUCUAGUAGUCCAGAUUUGGUCAAUUCUUGUCCAUGUCUUUUGGGCUUCAGAAAAAAAGGUUCCUUCUCUAUCAAGGGGAUUCCUAGUUCUCCAAAUGUCAAUCAAAUCCAUAUUGUCAGUUAAUUCAAAAAAUGUUUUCGGUAGUCUGCCAUCUUUAGUGACUACCUCUCUUUGUGACUUGUAUUAUACCACUUUAAACAGUCAUGGCUUCAUCCAAGUGAUUUUGGGAACUGCAGUUCCCCUGAAAGUGAUACAAUUCCCAGAGUUCCCUGGGGGAAAAAAGGGAUUGAUUGUUAAACUGCUCUGGAAAUUGGAGCUCUGUGAGGGGAAUAGAGGCCUCCUAACAACUCUGAGCACCAUAACCCCCAUAUUUCAGACUACAGUUCCCAAGAUUCUUUGGGAGGAAGCCCAAACAGUUUAAAGUAGUUUGAUACUGCUUUAAAUGUAUAGUGCAGAGGGGCCUACUAUGCUGCUCUGGUUUUCACUUCUAAUGCCUCCCCCCCCCCCUUUCUAUGGAGGACACAUACAAAUACUCCCUUUGCAGAGGUUUUUUUUUUCUGGUAAUCAAGAUGGAUUGAAUUUACAUGUACUGUAUUUAACCUUUCUAGAUCACGUGAAAGUAUCCUAAGAAUCACGAUACUUCUGUGAGUGAGAGGUGCCCAAUCAUCUUUACAUAUAAGAGCGAGAUAUACUUAGAGUCAUAUCUUAUUUUAGAACAACAAAGUUCAAGCAUAUAAAUUGUGGCAUGUUUAAUUUAUUAUUUUUGUCAUGGUUCCAACAGUGUAUAGCUAGUACCCUGCCAGUUUUAAUUAACUUGGUUUAAACAAUGCCAGGUUAUCUUAAUCCCACUUUAGUAUUCAUAGAGCAAAUUCCAGGGAGGGACAGGCUCCAUCUUGCUCACAGUUGAGAUUCUCAGAAUAUGAUAGAACAAUACGAAUGAUCUGCUAAGACUUCUAAGCAAACAAUUACAAGGGAACAAAACAUCAAUUCUUGGAAUUCACGUGAUAUUUUUCUCUCCUCACUCCCUUCAAAAUGAAAGAACUCAGGACCCAACGAAACUGAUAAGUGGUCUGAUCUUUGCACAAUUAACUUCUGGAAUUGACUUCUCUAGUGUUUUAGGAUGACCAGUGGCAUAAGCAGACUUUUGUUUUUUACAAUUCAUGGGUGUUACGUCCGUUGCAGUAAUAACCCGUUCCAACAGUGUAGCAUCACCUACCAUAUGCUGGUGAUUAAUAACAAGAGAUUAAUAUUGUGCUGUUUGUCACAGCAGAGUGACGUUCCGUUGUUGCUGGUAAAUGCUUAAGACAAAUAAAUGCAAAAUACAGAACAAUUGAUAGAGUCUAGCCAAAGUUAAGAAGAGUUUCAACUUCUUUGAAAUUGUUGACACUUGCAAUGCAAUCCUAUGCAUUUCUCCUCAGAAAUAAGUGUCAGUGGGACUUGUUCCUGGGUAGGCGUGUGGUGCAUGGUUGCUGCCUUAAGUCACCUGGUUGGUCGUGCCCAUUGAUGCUGUGCACCCAAACGCUACCAUUCCUGAGUGCCAAUUCCAUGAUGAACCAAUGGAAACAUAGAUAGGGAGAUGUUUUCAAAGAAACGUUUGUUUCAAAAAGUCCUUAGUACAAACAAGCUGUGAUGUUCACUAUCUCUUUAAUGAUUUAGUUCCUCUUUCAUUCACUUCUAUGCUUUAGAUCAAACUCUUCCUAAGACCACAGUGACAUGGUGCUGGUGUCGUCAUUGUGUUACGUGAUUUAGGCUGCAAUCCAGCACACACACACACACUGGGGAGCCUUUACAGAGUGGCAGGGCCACCAAGCAUCCAGAGCUCUGCUGCACACAGCUGGUGGAGCAGAAGGUGGGAGAAUUGUAAUAUGACCCAGCUCAGGCUUAAUGCUGUUGCAUGACAACAGUGACACUGGCUUGGGAUCCAGCAGACCUGGGACCGACUCAGUCAAUCCCCGCCUCCAGAACACCCUGCAUUGGGGCUUUCCAUUGGCGACUGCUGCUGCUAGGCAUCCCGGCAGUGGUCCUCCUGCCUUCCUGCACCUUCAACUGAUGGAAGGGGUCAUGUACCACUGAUGGCCAGCAGGAGCCCAGCUUAACCAGGAGAGCUGGGUAGAAAGGAUUGCUCUUCCCUGGGUAUACGGGAUGCCAUUGCUGAUUUCAAUUCAUUGUUAAUCACCUGGGCGGCUUUGUGGCAGAAAAGUGGGACAUACUCUUCUAUUGUCUCCUGAGACAGAUGGAUGCCAACCAGAUUGCUUUGGACCAGCCUUUCCAGGUAGCAGAAGCACAAUGCUAACCUGAAAAGGAACACGUGUCCCAAUUCCAUCAUCUUUUCAGGUAUGAUGAUACCUUAGUGGUUCCUAUUGUUGAGAACACACCUGAAGAGAAGGACCUGAAGGAAAGAAUGGCUCAGGCAAUGGAUGACUACCCAGACUCCUGUGCUGUGCUGGUCAGACGUCAUGGAGUCUAUGUUUGGGGAGAAACUUGGGAAAAAGCCAAGACAAUGUGAGUUCUUCUUCUUCUUUGGAAAUCACUCAUAGCCCAGUACAACUAUGUGAGUACAACUAUGAAGAAGCACAAUGGUAGCCCUCUGCUGUUGCAAGCAAAUACCACUGGAUUUUACACUCCCGAGUGUACUAGAGAAUGCAUGUUGCUUUCAGAUGAAGCUAUCGCCACUUCUGCUUCACCUGUGUCUUUCCUUUAAUAUAUGUAGAUACUGAGAACAGCCCUCAAACACUCAGAUUCCCAAAAGUGAAGAUCCCUGGGAGUACAAUUCCCCUUUGCAAAUAUUUUCAAAAGCCUUCACAUGUUUUGCAGAUCGUAGCACAGACUUGGAAGCUAAGCAUAGUUUAAAAAAACUAAUUCAGGUCUUGUUGCUAUUUAUGAUUAUGUUUCUAAUGUGAGGAAAGACAUUACCAACAUAAUGUUGUAUAAGAAAAAACACAAAAUUCAUAUUGCUACAAUUAGUGCUAAAUCACAUAGCAAGAUGCCAACCUCUUUCGUUUUGUCUUUUAGGUGUGAAUGUUAUGACUACCUUUUUGAUAUUGCGGUACAAAUGAAGCAACAUGGACUUGAUCCUACUGCAGUUCCAAAGGAAGAAAAUGGAAUCAUUUAAUACCUCGACAUCUCUUACCAAAAUGACACUGAUAUUUCAGGGAAAUAUCAAUAGGUUUUAGGGUUCACGCCCAAGCAACUUUUAACAUUUUGCACAAUAUGUGCUUAUUGGUUUUAGUGAGAUAUUGUUGCUAAAUACAAACCAUUUUAUGCUGUUUGUUAAAAUCCUGAAGGAUUCCCAAGGCAGUCUGGAUUCCCAGUUGUGCAUAUUGAAGGAUCUGGGACUUCCCUUUCCCUUUACUUUCACAGCACAACUGGCAUGUUUCUUUAGGAUUUUCCUUGUGGCUCGUAUUCUAUAAUAUAGCAAGAUCAAAAUGCAAAUGUCUUACAACUUCAAAUUAUUGUAAGGUUUUCAUAAAUAAAAGACAAGUUGCAUUUUGAAAGCCUAGCAUGGCACCAAAUGGAAAAGUUCUUUAAAACAGCUUUAAACUAAAUCAACAAAGAGUCUAUCUCUGGAAAAGCUAGAUAGUGUUGAAAGAGCGCCACAUAUAAAAGUACGCCAAAAUGAGACAUUAUCCUUUUCUCGUUGAAAAGUGCAGUAGUAAUUAUAUUUUACACUAUCCUCUUUCCUCAGUAACCCCUAGGUUACAAUAGAUUUUCUCUUGGUUAAUUUUAAUGGAUGCCUUCUUUGUAAGUUAAGCAGAGGAGAAAAUGUAUGCAUUAAAAAUGAUAAUAUUUGAAGUAGAAAUGAGAAUCAGAUAUGUGAAAGUACAUGGUGACUUUCUUUUUUAUAUAAUUAAAUUUAUAAUUUCCGUUUAUGUACAAAUGUACAAUUAUUCAACAAUCGUUCUAACAUUUCAAACUUUGACUCUUCUUCCCUCUCUUUCUGCGGUUCUUUGCAUUUAUUUUCAUCAUUUCCUGCAUACUCCAAAUUAACUUAUUAUUUUAUUCAUCUAUUCUCAUAUCUAUCUCAUAAACAUUUUUGAAGCCGCAGGUUCUUACAAUAAUCCUACCAAUGUCUUGAUUUGUUUACAAUUUGUUUGAAAAUACUCUAUAAAACAUUUCCAUUCCUUUCU